AUGUCCUUCUGGUCUUCGAUUCUGAUCUGCCUUUUCCUGCUUAUCUCUGAUUCCUGUGAGUUCUUUGCUGAAUCGAAUUACUCCAGGAGCUAUCCUUGUGAUGAGAAAAGGCAAAAUAACUCCAUUAUUGCAGAAUGUGACAGCCGUCAACUGCAAAAAGUUCCUCAAACAGUGGGCAAAUACGUGACAGAACUCGACCUGUCUGAUAAUUUCAUCACACACAUAACAAAUGAAUCAUUUCCAGAGCUUCCAUAUGUCACUAAAAUAAAUCUAAACCACAAUGCCAAUCAAGAGCACUAUAAUGAAAAUCCUGAUAUGAAUAAAAAUGGCAUGAAUAUUACAGAUGGAGCAUUCCUCAAUCUAAAAAACCUACAGGAGCUACUGCUUGAAGACAACCAGUUAGAGAGAAUACCCUCUGGUUUGCCAGAGUCUUUGAGAGAACUUAGUUUAAUUCAAAACAAUAUAAUUUCAAUAACUAAGAAUGACACUUUGGGACUUAUGAACUUGGAAAGUCUCUAUUUGGGCUGGAACUGCUAUUUUGUUUGUAGUGAAACAUUUUACAUUGAAGAUGGGACAUUUGAAUCCCUUACAAACUUGAAGGUGCUGUCACUGUCUUUCAACACUCUUAUCCAUGUGCCACCCAAACUACCCAACUCCCUUCGAAAACUUUAUCUGAGUAACACCAAGAUCAAAACUAUCGGUCAAGAAGACUUCAAGGGAUUGGUAAAUUUAAGAUUACUAGAUUUAAGCGGGAACUGUCCAAGAUGUUUCAAUGCACCUUUUCCUUGUACACCUUGUGAUGGAAAUGCCGCGAUUGAGAUACAUCCUCUUGCUUUUCAAAAUCUGACCCAGCUUCUCUACCUAAACCUCUCUAGCACUUCCCUCCGGAAGGUUCCUUCCACCUGGUUUGACAAUAUGCACUACCUGAAGGUGUUGCAUCUCGAAUUCAACUAUUUAGUGCAAGAAAUGGCCUCUGGGGAAUUUUUAACAAAGCUGCCCAAUUUAAAAAUACUCGAUUUAUCUUUUAACUAUGUAAAGACAGAAUAUUCACAAUAUAUUACUCUUUCUGAAAACUUCUCUAAACUUCAGUCUCUCAAGGCACUGCAUUUAAGAGGUUAUGUGUUCCAGACACUCAGAGAAGAAGAUUUCCGACCUCUGAUGGUUCUACCACAACUACGAACUAUCAACUUGGGGAUUAACUUUAUUAAGCAAAUUGAUUUUACCCUUUUCCAAAGAUUCCCCAAACUGGAAAUUAUUUACUUGUCAGAAAACAGAAUAUCACCAUUGGUAAGUGAUAUCAGGCAAACUCCUACAAAUGAUUCCUCUUUGCAAAGUCAUACCAUUAAACGACGCUCCAUGGAUGCCAAGUUUGACCCACAUUCAAAUUUUUAUCAUAACACCAAUUCUCUAAUGAAGCCACAAUGUACUGGUUAUGGCAAAGCCUUGGAUUUAAGUUUAAACAGUAUUUUCUUUAUUGGUAAAAACCAAUUCAAAGGUUUCAGUGACAUUGCCUGCUUAAAUCUCUCUGCCAAUGGCAAUGGCCAAGUAUUUAAUGGAACUGAAUUUUUAGCUGUGCCUCAGGUCAAAUACUUGGAUUUGACCAACAAUAGACUAGACUUUGAUGAUAACAAUGCUCUCCGUGAACUGUCCCACCUGGAAGUUCUAGAUCUCAGCUAUAAUGCACACUAUUUCAAAAUAGCAGGGGUAACACAUCGUCUAGGAUUUAUCCAAAAUUUGACACAGCUCAAAGUUUUGAACCUGAGCUACAACAGCAUUUAUACUUUAACAGAGGAGAAGGAACUGAAGAGCAUGUCCCUGAAGGAAUUAGUUUUCACUGGAAACCGCCUUGACCUUUUGUGGAACACCAAAGACAACAGGUACUGGUCCAUUUUUAAAUGUCUCAGGAACCUGACACGGCUGCACCUGUCUUCUAAUAACCUCCAGAAUAUCCCAAAUGAAGCAUUCCUUAACUUGCCAAACAAUCUCACUGAACUGUACAUAAAUAAUAAUCUGUUAAAUUUCUUUAACUGGACACUACUCCAGAAGCUUCCAUAUCUCCUCUUGCUUGACUUAAGUGGAAAUGAGCUGUCCUCUUUAACUAACAGCCUAUCUAAAUCUACACCUUCUCUUCAGACACUGCUGCUGAGCCGGAACAAGAUUGCCCACCUUCCCUCUGGCUUUUUUUCCGAAGCCAGCCAUCUGGUGCACCUCGAUUUAAGUUUCAACUUGAUAAAAAUGAUCAACAAAUCCACACUUCAGACAAAGACUACUACCAAUUUAGCUCUUUUGGAACUAGGCAGAAACCCUUUUGACUGUACCUGUGACAUUGGAGAUUUUCGAAGUUGGAUAGAUGAGAAUCCAAAUGUCACAAUUCCUAGAUUGAUAGAUGUCAUUUGUGCCAGUCCUGGGGACCAGAGAGGGAAGAGCAUUAUGAGCCUAGAGCUGACAACAUGUGUUUCAGAUACCAUUGCAGCCAUACUCUUUUUCUUCACGUUCUUUAUCACUACCAUGGUUAUGUUGGCUGCCCUGGCUCACCACCUGUUCUACUGGGAUGUCUGGUUUAUCUACCAUAUGUGUGUUGCAAAGAUCAAAGGUUACAGGACUCUUUCCACAUCCCAAACUUUCUAUGAUGCUUACAUUUCUUAUGACACCAAAGAUGCCUCUGUUACUGAUUGGGUAAUCAAUGAGCUGCGUUACCACCUUGAAGAGAGUGAAGGGAAAAAUAUUCUCCUUUGUCUACAGGAGAGGGACUGGGACCCGGGGUUGGCCAUCAUUGAUAACCUCAUGCUCAGCAUAAACCAGAGCAAGAAAACGAUAUUCAUUUUAACCAAAAAAUAUGCCAAAAGCUGGAAUUUUAAAACAGCUUUCUACUUGGCAUUACAGAGGCUAAUGGAUGAGAACAUGGAUGUGAUUAUAUUUAUCCUGCUAGAGCCAGUGCUACAGCAUUCUCAGUACUUGCGACUGCGACGGCGGAUCUGUAAGAGCUCCAUCCUCCAGUGGCCUGACAACCCCAAGGCAGAAGGCUUGUUUUGGCAAAGUCUGAAAAAUGUAGUCUUAACUGAAAAUGACUCACGAUAUAAUAAUCUGUAUGUUGAUUCCAUUAGGUAAUACUAACUGAUGUUAAGCCAUGUUUUGACACCAUAAUACAAAUUCAAGGCAAUGACCCUUCUCGCUUAGGUAUCUAUUACUGUGUAACAAGUUACCACACAACCUAGAGGCUUAAAACA